GUGAUGCCGUUAUUGAUGUCGAAACACUACAGCGCCAAUGUCUUAGAAAGUGAACUAUAGGCGAGCCUGUUAAUUUCAUUCCUAAUCUUUGCUUUUCUCCAUGCUCAAUUUUUUCGAGGCGUGCAAAUGCAAUUCAACACGCAAUGCUCAAAAAUUCAAUUGUUAGCUAAUCGAGGAGGCACAAAUAAUAGUGACCCCGUUCAGGUGCCCCUUCCGUUACCUCCCACUUCCUCUCCCCGGCCAGAAUGACGCAAGCGCAAUCCGAUCGGAAGUGGCACAUACACAAUCAUGGCGGCCGGUUGAAUGAUAUGAAGUUCACUUUUUGACUUUGGAUUUUGUACACGAAAUGGGCUCUAGGUUAAGGCCCUCUCCUGAGAGAAUUUUUGAGUGCUUUUUGGAAGUCGCUUCCCCGACAGAUUGUGAGGGUCCAGAAACAAAGUUUAUUCAUCCUACAGACUUUGAUGAAAAAGAAGCACUGAAGGCAAUUCCUCAGUUUUGUUAUCCCUGUGUCUCAAGCUCGGAAGCUGUUCAACACUACACAUUUGUUCUUACUGAUAUAGAAGGCAAAUAUAGAUUUGGGUUUUGUCGUUAUUCUCCUGAAGUAAAGACUUGUCUCUGCAUUCUAAGCUAUUUGCCAUGGUUUAAGAUCUUUUAUGAGCUUUUGAACAGGAUUGCAGAUUUGAAGAGAGCAAAUGAGGUUAAUUCAAUUCUUCCUAUACUGAAUCAGCUCUUAAGCCAGUCACCUCCAACACCAGGUUCUCCCUUAGCCAUCACAGGGGAUAGUAAAAGAGACUUUUCCUUUGUUGUACCAGACAAUACUAAGCUGCCAAGCAUACCAGAUGAUAGGAACUUAACUGAUUACUUUGCUGCUGUGGAGCCAUCUAACAUGAUUUGUAUUUUUGCCAGUAUGUUCUUUGAGAGGCGAAUAAUCGUGACAUCCAAGAAGCUAAAUUUACUGACUGCUUGUACAUAUGGUGCGGCAUCUCUGUUGUAUCCAAUGUAUUGGCAACACAUGUUUGUUCCCAUUGUGCCUCCACACCUCUUAGACUACUGCUGUGCACCAAUGCCAUUCUUGGUGGGAGUGCAUGCAUCAUUAAUGCCGAAAGUGCGUCAAAUGCCACUAGAUGAAGUUGUAAUUUUUGAUGCUGAUACAAAUAUAGUGGAGAGUCCAUUUGAUGAUAUUUCACAGCUGCCACCCGAUGCUGUGUACACUCUAAAGAACACUCUCAAGAAACCUGUUUAUCCAAUUGAUGACAAUGUCUCCAGGGCAUUUCUUUGUGCCAUGGUGUCACUUAUUGGAGGUUACAGAGAUGCCUUGCGACUCAAACCUGGCGAGAAGAUCUUCUUUGAUAGAGACGUAUUUGUUCAGGCGAAAUCAAACAGUACAAGACAGCUGUUGGAGUUCAUUCUUCAGCUACAGAUCUUUGAGCAGUUUAUUGCAGAAAGGCUGGACAUGUUAAAUGAUGGAAGAGGAUUUAAUGAUGCAUUUGAAGAACAGAUCGGUCUGCAAGCUGAAAAUAAAGGAAGCUGGAAGUCACAAUACCAAUUUUGGAUGAAAGAGACUGUGAAAUCCGGCGGAGCAUUCCUUGACAAGACGGAGAAAAUGGUUAAAAAACAGUGCAAGAGCGGCUGGAAAACCGUGAAGAGUGGAAUUAAGUCGGUUAAAGCUGACUUGGAGGACAAACUGAAGGGCAAGGAAGAGGAGGAAUUUGAAGGAGAGCAGAAGAGAGCCAACACUAACCCAGACGUCAAACCGUUUUCAAUGCACAAACUGUCCCCUUUCAACAAAAGAAGAACGAUUUCACCUUCUGAGUUUGCAAAAAUCAAAAUCGAAAGUGGCGCGAAAGAGCGCCCUCCCAGACCUCCUCCGCCCAAGCCCUACAGUGCUUCUGCCAGGCGUCCUCGCACUGGCGCCAUUUCGACAGCAGAAGGCAAAUCAUCUCCUAAGCUAGUGACUCGGCGCAGUGCCCCUCAUUUAACGGUGGAGCCUCUUGUGGGUGAACUUAUCUCAUUGGAUGAUAAACCAAACAACUCAAAUGAAAAUGAGAUGGCCCAGGGAUCAACAGAUUUAAAGGAAUUAGCUUUCUUAGAUGCAUCUAGUGAAGAUUCAAAUCGAAUAGAACAAACUCAAACACACGACGGCUCUACAGGCGUCGUCACGCCUUCUGGAACUUUCAGCGUUGAGGAGCUGAACACUAGCAUACGACGCACAAGCUCGGCGAGGCGAACAUCGGAGAGCAGUGAUGUGUCGCUAGAGCGGAGUAAGUCAUCACCGUCUCGGACGAAGCCUCCAGUACCAAAGAGACCAGCAUCUGUCCAGAAAAAGCCUCAGGUGUCAGUAGACGCCUUAUUAGAAAGCGCACAAACAGAGGACUCUAUAUCUCCAUUGAGACCGGUGUCGUUGUCAUUGUUACAAGAUACAAUGGCGUCGCUUCCUGUUGAUGCGCAAGAGUUUUUGUUUUCGAAUACGGACAUUAACUCGCUUCCACUCGGUACUGGUGGACAGAGUAACAUGAAAACAAACUUGAAUGUGGAAAAUAAAGGAAAAGAGUCUGAACUCCAAGAGAAUUUAAAAGCUCAAAAUCAUAUAGGGGCUGUGGAUUUAUCACGCCUGGAAAUAAGAAGAGACAGUGGGCCUUAUGAUAAUGUACCGAAGAACAAUCAAGCGCUGCUUACACGAAAUUUAGAUAUUAAUACAGAAGAGAGCCAUUGUGAGAAUCCAAGUAAGACUUGUGAUUCCCAGCAAAGUUGGGUUAGUUUUGAUUGAUGUAGCUAAUAUAUGAAGGAGUAGAAAUUUGUCGUGGGGGAGAUUCGAGUCUGAUCUGAUUGGCUGCUCGCGUGUUCUCAUACCUAAUAUUUAUAAUGUAAAAAUAAAAAUAAAAUAAUUCUUUUCACCACGGCAAAUUUCUUCUAAAACAGUUUAAAUAUUUGGCGAUAUCGAUGGUCACCUAGCGAUUCUUGGUUGAACAACUCGAGCUCGUAGUAAUAUUGUAGUUAACAAGCGAAUUUUAUUGAGAAAUAAUUAUAAGGAUCUAAAAAGGAAUUAUGUCAAUUUUCGUCGGUUCUAUAUUUGAAUGAAAUUUACUACUAGUAUUUUUGAGGUCAGUGGCGUGUAGAAAUCUUCGGGAACACGUUUGCUAUAUGUUUUAAAGUUUUAAUCGUUUCGAGGAGUGAUUGGACAAUCUCGACACAGAAAGAUCAGUUUGUCUUUUAAGACAAGGCCACUGUAGUUUUGUGGUACAAAUUUAAGAUGCAAUCUGGUAUUGCAUUCACAACAAACCGUUGUACUAUAACUUACGAAAAGUUUUUUUCUUGUUAAGAAUAAAAUAUAUACCCGUGAUGUCGUUUCACGCCAUUUUAGGCCUAAAAGUGAUGAAUCGAUUGUUUCUCCAUACUGCUCUGAAACGUCAUUGACUAGGCAAGUUAUGAGAAAGUAGAACUUCAUCAACCAGGCAAGGCUGUUUCAAUGUGCCAGUAAAUGUUCAUAAUUAAAUAAAUUUCUUUUCCCUCUUUGGAAAGUAUCUAUUGGCUACGUGUAUUUCUACUAGCACUGAAGGAUUAAUAAAUGUAGUAUUUUUAUUACAAA